GUGAAGCGGUGAGGAUCCUGUCACAUAGACAGGACUGUGAGAGUUGGGGGGCAGUUUCUAAUCAACUCUUUUUCUUCUUCUUCUUCUAGGAAAUGUCCCACUUCACAGCUGAGCUGCUGACUGAGUCUGGAGAGACUUCAUACAGGUUCAGGUGUCCUGGUCCAGGUGUGUUCCGGUGUGCUUUGACUGGACUGGUGUUUGUUAUGACCCAGGAGGCGGAGCUGCUGUACAACACUGUCCAAUGGGAUGAGAGCCUCCUUCAAUCAGCUGGCAGGAUGGCUGCAGGGCCGCUGUUUGACAUCAAGUGUUCAGAGGAUGGAGCAGUCUGUCAGCUCCACCUCCCCCACUGUGAAACCAAGGAUGCGCUGCUUGUUGACGGCCUGCUGUCUGUCGUCCACAUCUCUGAUGAUGGGAUGAGCAUCUUGGAGCCGCUGAAGAUUACAGACACUCAUGUGGUCGUGAAGGUCCCCCACCUCUCUGCCUUGGGCCUCAUCUGGGAUUUCAUUAGAAGAUUUCUGAACCUCUCAGUGCCGAUAGAGGCCCAAGUUCUGUUGUUCCUCCGACCUCCGGACAUGGGGCCUCGAGUACUAGAUGUUCUACUGCUGCCUGGCAACGUCCUUCUAGAUGAGGUUGAGAGGAAAGUACGAGGUGCUAAACACAUCAGGAUCUCUUCCAAGUGUCGUCUCAGCAUUGAUCAGAGCUACAGGGUCCACUGUGAGCCUGAGGGCUUUAAGAUCCAGCCUGAGCUGGAGCGCUUCAGCUCAGACUAUGGACCAAACUACCAUCCAACAUUUGAAGUUUUCCUGAAGACGAUCCCAGAGAACCUGACGUUGAUGGUCCAGGACCCAGACGGGAGACCGGUCUGGAGACGGGACGUGUCUUUGAGAGGUCCAGAUGGGACAGAUCCACGGAGGAAUGUCCCAGCAGAGGACAGUUAUCCCUCAGAAGACAGGCUGUUGCGGAUUUGGGUCCAGUUUGUGACCCGAGUGUCUAAUCCAGUUCUGAACCAGCUUCUGGAUCACCUCUUUCAGCGAGGUGUUCUAACUGCCGGUGAAAUGGACUCAGCCAGAACACGAGGCCGAGAAGACAAAGCCCGAGACAUGGUGGUCACAGUGAAAAGAAAAGGACGUAAGGCCAGCUCGGUUCUGGUCUCUGCUCUCUGUGAGGUGGACCCGGUCCUCUCCAGAGAGCUGGGAUUAAUGUGAAGCACCAGACUGUGGAGAGCUGUGAUGGACGUCUACAAUAAGGGACUGUCCUAGGGCAUCUCUUUAGAAGGACACACUGUUAAAGUCUGCUGGUAAUAAGUGGACCUGGACUCUGAAAGAGAUGGAGUCCAGUACAGAGAGGAUAGAGUUCUUAGUUUCAGCCACUAGACGGAGACACAACGUCCCUGAUGGACCAACAAGAAGCAGAAUGAGAGACCUGAGGUCAUUUUUCCAGCUCAUGGUCCGUCUGGUUUUAUUUUCUAUAAUAACUUGUAAAACAUCCACCCUGGUGUCUCCAGUCAGGACAUCAACAUCAGGUCUUUCAGGACAAACAUUAACCCUGGUGUCUCCAUCCAGGACAUCAACAUCAUGUCUUUCAGGACAAACAUCAACCCUGGUGUCUCCAGUCAGGACAUCAACAUCAUGUCUUUCAGGACAAACUGGGCUGUUAGAAUAUCUGAGCUGCAGUCAGGUCACUGGAUGGGAAAAUGUUUGGAGGACCUUAAAGACCAACUAAUAAAUAAAGGGAACAUGAAUCUUCCAGAUAUGUAUUGAUAUCACACCCAGAGCAGGACCAGCUGAGCCAGUCUCUCUAAAACCUGUCUCAUAUGUCCCGGGAGUCCCCCUGGGAAGACAUAAUCAUCACAACUUAUACAGAUGACAAAAGACAUUUUCUCAAAAUAAGUCCAGACACUUUCACCCUCAGGACAUUUACUAAUGCCAAUCAACAUAAUAAUGUCAUAUUCAUGCUGUCCCAUCUCAUGGUGUCCCACCUGGUGCCAUCCCUGUGCUUCUACUUCUCAAAAUAAAAGCUUGCAUCUGGAAUAAAAUAAGCUUCAUGCUAAUGGAUAAAUUACUUGAAAUAUUUGGUGUUUUUUAUAACUAAACAGAAGCGGCAAUCAUACAAAUGAAUAAAAUACUUUUGAAAAAGCUACAACUACAAGAUAAAUGCAGACUAUCAUACUGUUGACUAAAAUACUUUAAAAUAUAUGUCCGUCUAUAAACUGAAUGCAUAUUUUAGGCAAAGUGAAAAAUUCCUUCUCUGGCUGCAACAUCCCGUCUCAUGCCCUCUCGCCAUGUUGAUAAGCAAUGUCCCGGUGAAGGGAAAAUAGAAAAAUUUUAACAGUGUGCCUACUGCUUGGUUCACAUCUUAAUACCAAUAUAACAAAAAAAAAGUGUUACAUGUCUUAACCCUUCAGAGAAAUAACUUUUAAAACCUAUUACAGACCUUUCUGUUUCCCAGGAACAGCUACAACGUAGCAAGCGCUGACCCAACCAGACUUCAUUUAAAAAACAGGACUUUUAGUGUGUUCAGAGCCAACAUAUUUCCACAUGUAAAUCGGUAAAGUAUGUGAGAGAAAAUUCUUCUUGUCCUCUCCUCCUCCUGGGUUGCUAUAGUGAUGGACAAUGGUUGAGUAAAGACCGUGGUCACCUCAGGUGUCUAGUUAAUAUCGUUAGUAACGGCUGAUCUGAGCUAACUUUACUCUGCUGUUGGUCUG